ACUUGAUACAUGCUCAAAUCAAAACUACACACACACUAUUACUAUAGCACUCUCUGUUGUGUUCCUGUCGUUUUCUUCAACAAACCGUUUUCUCUACUCAAAUCAAAAACUAUACAAAUCACCAACAAUGGCAUGGCCUGAUCCUUCUUCCACCCCCUUCACUCGCAAACCAACUCGUCCCCCUUACAUUCCUCCUCACCGCGCCAACGACGCCGUUUUCCCUCCUCCUCCUCCGAACACCGAUCCUUCCUCCUUCCAUUUCUCCAACCCCAACCACUACGCCUCCCCCCGCCCCCGCGGCCGUGGCCGCGGCGGCCACUUCAAUGGUCGCCAGUUCCCCCGUUCCGAUGACCACCCUCCUCGCCACCAUCACAACCCACCACCACCACAACAACGGUUCCCGGUCGAAGUGGACAACAACAUCAACAGCAACAGCAACCCCGCCGGCGACGUCGCGAAUUUCGAUGCGUACGAAUCGGUCCCCGUCGAGGCCAGCGGCGAGAAUGUGCCUUCUCCGGUUGGUUCGUUCGCGGAAACUGAACUCGAUGAGGAUUUGAAGAGGAAUAUCGAGCGAUGCAAGUACGUGAAGCCCACGCCGGUUCAGCGUCACGCUAUACCCAUUGUCGCCGCCGGACGCGACCUCAUGGCCUGCGCGCAAACCGGGUCUGGUAAAACGGCAGCGUUUUGCUUCCCCAUUAUAUCUGGGGUUUUGAAGGCUCGUUCUGGUUCUGGUUCUGGUUCUGGGUUUUCUUCCAUUCCUCGUUCUGAUGCCUUCGUUGCAUACCCAACUGCUCUCAUUCUAUCUCCUACUAGGGAGUUAUCUUGUCAGAUACAUGCUGAAGCAACCAAGUUUGCUCAUCAAACUGGAGUGAAGAUUGUGGUUGCUUAUGGGGGUGCUUCCAUUGUUAAGCAGCUUCAAAAUUUGGAGAAAGGUGUUGAUAUCUUGGUUGCUACACCUGGACGCUUGGUGGAUAUUAUUGAGAGAGAAAGGGUUUCAUUAUCGAAGAUUAAGUACCUUGCUUUGGAUGAAGCUGAUCGCAUGUUGGACAUGGGUUUUGAGCAGCAAAUACGCAAGAUUGUGCAGCAGAUGCACAUGCCUCCUCCAGGUGUUAGACAAACAAUGCUUUUCAGUGCUACAUUCCCCACUGAUAUACAGAAGCUGGCUGCGGAUUUUCUGUCAAACUACAUAUUCCUGGCUGUUGGAAGGGUUGGUUCGAGCACUGAACUUAUUGUACAAAAAAUUGAACUUGUACAAGAUACAGACAAACGAAACCAUCUUGCUAACCUUCUGUGUCGUCAAAGGGCAAAUGUAGACCAUGGGAAGCAAGCCCUAACUCUUAUCUUUGUUGAAACAAAGAAAGGAGCUGAUGCUUUAGAAAUUUGGUUGUCCAGAAAUGGGUUUCCAGCUAUUGCAAUACAUGGUGAUAAAGUUCAAAUGGAGCGGGAGCGAGCUUUAAGAUCUUUCAAACGUGGUUUCACUCCCAUUUUGGUAGCAACUGAUGUUGCUUCCCGGGGUUUAGAUAUACCACAUGUGGCUCAUGUUAUCAACUAUGAUUUGCCUAGAGACAUAGCUGACUAUGUACAUAGGAUUGGUAGAACAGGCCGUGCUGGUAAAUCUGGACUAGCCACUGCUUUUUUCAGCAGCAACAAGAACCCUCCUAUUGCAAAGGCUCUUGUUGAAAUUUUGCAGGAAGCAAAGCAGGAAGUUCCGGCUUGGCUCGGUCAAUUUGCCGAGGGCUCAUCAUCUGGUGAUCGUGAUCAUGGACCUCCGAGGCGAGGCAGAGGCAAUUUCGGUGGUCGUGAUUUCCGUAAUGUCACUCAACCUGCUGUGGAGAAUUACAACAACUACUAUAAUACUUAUGGCAAUGCUGACCAUUAUGUGGAGCCUUAUGUCACUCAGCCUGAUACAGUUUAUGCGAGCAAUAAUCAUUAUGAUACCUCUUAUGACUACAACAACACAAACAUCCCUAAUUCUGUUUAUGCAAGCAGUAAUCAUCAUUAUACUGAUCCUAAUGCUGAGUUUUGUGGAGCUGGGAGGGUUGAAAAUGGGCCUUGGGGUCAUGCAUCUGUUGUUGCUACUGGAUGGGACUAGAUUGAUAGUAGAUGGCUCAUUGCUUCUUUUUGUUAUAGGGGUACGGCACCUUGUAUAUUCUAUAUAUACAGUGAUGCUGAGGUGCAAGUUGAGGUAGUUUAACCCUGUAUAUCCUUUAAACUAAUUAGCUGCUUUUUUGGGGAUGCAUCAUCUGGAUCUAAGGAUACAUUGAUUUACCAGAACCUAAAUGUAUCCUAUAUUUUGUUUUGCUAGAACCUGUUAGCUUUUUGGGGAUGCAUCAUCUGGAUCUAAGGAUUAAGGAUACAUUUAUCAGUAUUUUCCUUAUUAUUA